UGCCAAUAGGAGAGCAGGGAAAAUAUCACAGGGCGGGAUUUCCUCUUGUCAAAUUGAAUUCAUAUGAUAACUAACCCGCUUCUAAAUUUACAGACAGCUCUGUUUGCCAAUAAUGGACGAAUAAGGAUGGUUUAUAACUAACCCAUGGGACACCUUCAGUGAUGACUGGUUACUCAACUCUGUGAGAACUCCGCGGGUGUAAGAGCAACAGACAUUAUCCACCAUCCCACCCACACAAAUCAACAUGACCUCCCAGCAGGCCAACCCUUUGCCGGCAUUCAAGAGCCCCGCUGACCUUAGUCCGGACUACUUCUCUUGGGUCCUUCGCCUCCAGAUCAUCAGCCUGGGCUUUGCCUUCUACACUGCCAUUUUCUUCCUCUCCCACCUGGUGUCCACAGCCCUCUCCCAGACCUACCACUCUCUGCUGGCCAAGGAGAAGGUGUUCUGGAACCUGGCGGUCACACGGGCCGUAUUCGGCCUCCAGAGCACGGUGGCAGGCUUACGAGCGCUAACUGAAGACUCUGCCUUGUCAAGGGACAGGAUAAGAGGUCAGGAGGACUGGUCGUGGUUCACCGUGCUCACCGCCACGGGCUUCUUCCUGUUUGAGAAUGUGGCGCUGCAUCUCUCCAGUGUGGUGUUCAAGUCCUUCGACCUCGCUCUGGCUACCCACCAUUUCUUUGCCCUGUCGGGGUUCACUGGGGCUGUGGUCUGGGACUCACUAGGGCAUUACCUGCCAAUGGUCACUCUGCUGCUGGAGAUGAGCACGCCUUUCACCUGCAUCUCCUGGAUGUUACUAAAGGCGGGCUGGGCAAGGACCCUCUUCUGGAAGGCCAACCAGUGGGUGAUGAUCCACAUGUUCCACUGCCGUAUGGUGCUUACCUAUUACAUGUGGUGGGUGAGCUGUAGUCACUGGGGGGAGAUGAACAUGUACGUGGCUCUGCCCCAACGAGUCCUCUUCUACACUGGCCUGGCCCUGCUCACAGUGCUUAUCAACCCCAUCUGGACACACAAGAAGACCAUGCAGCUCCUCAACCCUGUCGACUGGAACUUCAGCAACAAGCCAUUGCCCAACGGCCCCAGUGGAGAACGGGAAGAGAAACCUCAUGAGAGCUAAACUGAGCCAAGGACUGUGAUCCUGUUUUGUACAGUUAUCUUUCUUUUACUAUGCUUGUAAAGGAGAGGAAGUGUGAUUCAAAGUGAGAAAGUCUAACUCUGGCUUUUAAGUUUGUAAUGGAGAGGAAAGGCCAUUUUAAAUACUAUUUUCUUACUAACUCUGGCUUUUAGUGUUUGAAGUAUUUCAAGUUUAACUGAACUGUGUUUUUAAGGUUCUCAGUAUACAGUGCCUUGCGAAAGUAUUCGGCCCCCUUGAACUUUGUGACCUUUUGCCACAUUUCAGGCUUCAAACAUAAAGAUAUAAAACUGUAUUUUUUUGUGAAGAAUCAACAACAAGUG